AUGCCCUCAGACGUGGCACCGAGCUCGAAAAGGUCGCAAUUAUCGGUGUCCAGGCGGGCAGGCCGCGAAAGCUCGCUUUGUGCUCGCCGCGAGUCGCCGUCGCGGCUUUUUGCGGUCGAAUGGGCCUUCUUGCUGGCAUGGUGCCCCGCGAGAGCGAUGGCUUUUUGCCCGGCGGAAUUCCGGGCCGGUGCACCGCGAAGCGCUUGUUCCGGCGAAACGGUAUCGCGCUUCGGCCACCUUUCGGGCCGCGGCUUAGGUAGGGCCGUGGCUUCGGUAGGGCCGCGGGUUCGG